UCAGCUUAUUUUAGGCCAAGUGAGCUUAUCUUAAAUAGAUAAGAGAUAGUGAGAAACUGUUAAAAAACUGAAAUAAUUCCACAUUUAUUAUAUUAUUAUCAUGAAACUAGGUGGAACUUUCACGUUACUUGGCUUGGUAGUGUUCUGUGUUGUUUGCGAAGGGAAUGUAGAGCCACACGGAGACUUAAAGGAUAUAUUAAACCGGCUAAAUGACUUGGAACAUAAAGUUAAAACUUCAAAUGAGAAUUACAACCAACUACAAGAGAAGAUGGCGGUAUAUGAAAAAAUAAACGCAGAUUUAUCGGCUGAACUUAAACAUGAAAUAGCCGCAUCCAAUAAGAAAGAUGACGUCAUAAAGUCACUGGUGACCGAGCUUGACACCAUUAAGGAAAAGAUUGACGUUUUGGAAGCCGAGCACCUGCAACAGUUAAAACAUGAAUCUGACGUUGGUGCAAACACUGAUAGAAAGAAAGAUGUUCCACAGUCAGCUUCACCUCAUACUGAAUUUGGUGACAAAAGAGAAAGCAGAUUUGUGUUAGACCAGGGAGAGGCAGUUGCAUUUCAUGCGGUGGUUGGUGCGGGCAGUGUUGUCCCUCAUUCUGGUAUUAACCAAACAGUAGUAUUUGAAACAGUUCUAUUAAACAUUAACAAUGGUUACCACUCACAUCUUGGACUUUUCGUAGCACCGACAGCUGGUCUUUAUAUAUUUUCCACCUCUGUUCUAGACGGCGAUUCCAAGCCGUUGAUUCACGCCGAUCUUGUUAAGAACGGAAAUGCUCUAGCACGUGCGUAUGGCCAUGGAAACGGUGGAUAUCCGGAACAAGGAUCUGUUACCGUGGUAACACAGUUAAAUGCGGGGGAUGAGGUAUGGGUGCGACUAUCGUGUUGCCAGGGUUCACCAGUCACUGGCAAUAGAUACACAAGUUUCACUGGGGCAUUGCUUAUGUUAAUGUAACUAAGUCAAUAAAAAAAUGACAUUGAAAACAAAUAUGUAAAGAUAUCUUUGCUAUAGUUAUAUCGCAGAGUGAGGAUAUAAUUAUGCAGCUUGGCUCAAACCCGAAACCUUCAGAAUAAUAUUCCGCAGAGUCAUUUUUUUCAAUAAUUAUUGAUCAGCUGAAUACCGUGUCAAAUAUCAUUAUAUCAUAUUUUAUUGUCACAGGGUAGAAUAAAUACUACAACUCCUGG